AGUACAGAAUGUCAGGAAAGCCGUGCAGGAGAUGCGCGCGCGCUCCACUCCUCGCCUCAACCACAGUGUGUAAAACUUCACGAAUUUCCAUUUCGGUUUUCACUUUGAGCAAUUAACUAAAAAAUACUACUACUACUACUACUAAUAAUAAUACUAAUAAUAAUAUGAACAAACUCGGAUUAGUAAAUUUCGCCACGGUUUCGGUUUACUAGCUUUAGAGAAGACGUCGCGCGCAGCCUGUUUUCCCGCUUUUUUUUUUUUUCUUUCAUUUAUUCUGCACGCGAACAGCAGAGUGAGAGACGCACGCGGAGGGGAAGCUGAACACAUUUAAACCACAGCAGCACUCAUUCCUGAAGGUCCCUUGUCCUGCGUGCGCUGCCCCCUGUUGGAGCGGAGGUGAUGAGUGUGUGCGGGAGGAAGGCUCUGACGCUGCUGAGCAGUGUGUUUGCCGUGUGCAGUCUGGGCCUGUUGGGAAUCGCCGUCAGCACAGACUACUGGCUCUACCUGGAGGAGGGAAUCAUCAUGCCUCUCAACCAGAGCACAGAGAUACGCAUGUCCCUCCACUCAGGCCUCUGGAGAGUCUGUUUCCUGGCAGGAAAAGAGAAGGGACGUUGCUUCACCAUUGAGUAUGUCAUGCCUAUGAACGUCCAGAUGACAUCAGAAUCAACAGUCAGUGUUCUGAAGAUGAUCCGCUCAGCUACGCCGUUCCCACUGGUCAGUCUUUUUUUCAUGUUCAUCGGCUUCGUCCUGAGCAACAUCGGCCAUAUCCGGCCCCACCGCACCAUCCUAGCGUUCGUCUCUGGAAUCUUCUUCAUUCUCUCAGGUCUUUCUCUGGUAGUUGGUCUGGUGUUAUAUAUCUCCAACAUCAAUGAUGAGAUGCUGAACAGAACUAAGACAAACGAAGCCUACUUCAGCUACAAAUACGGCUGGUCUUUUGCCUUCGCGGCCAUCUCCUUCCUGCUCACUGAGGCGGCAGGCGUGAUGUCUGUCUACCUGUUCAUGAAGCGAUACACAGCGGAGGAGCUGUACCGACCUCACUCAAAUUUCUACGGGCCGCGUCUCAGUAACUGCUCUGAUUACUCAGCUCAGUUCCUCCACCCAGACGCCUGGACGCGAGGACGCAGUCCCUCAGACAUCUCCAGCGAAGCCUCGCUCCAGAUGAGCUCCAACUACCCUGCUCUGCUCAAGUGUCCUGAGCAUAUUUCCUCCUCCCCCUGCUGAGAGAGCUCUCUCACUCACACGCAUACACACAUGCACACACAGGAAGGUUUGACUCGAUACAGCUGGUUAAGAUCACUUUAUCUGUAUUUGAUGUGAUUUUUUUUCAGAAGGGUUAUUAUCUAUUUCAGUGUGCCUCAUGUUUCAAUCCUACAGUACAGCAGCUAGUCAUGCUAGUACAUAGCAGAUAUGUUAACUGAACCUCUGCCUUUUUCUUGAGCAUUUUGCUUUUUGCGAGCCUUCAGUAUGUUUUAGAAUUAAUUUUUGUCAAUUGAUAUCAAACUGUUAGCUGCAUUAUUCGUUGUCCAUUAUUUAAAUUAUGAAAAAGUGAAAAAUGUAGCAAGCGUUAAUAUAUUCCAAAUGGUGAGAAAUGCUAGAAUCUAUCUAGAAGACAGUGUUUCUCAAACCAGGAAAUGUGUGUCUGCCUUAAAGUGUCAUUACUUAAGGAUGCUCUGUGACUUGCUUGAACAAAAACCUUAACCUGACCUGAAUGCUGUAACAUUAUAGGAGCCAUCUUAAACAAAAAAUAUUCUUUUUCUUAGCACAGUUUGGUAUCAACUACCAGACCCCAUGUUUUGGUUGCUUGGAAAACUGAUUGGGUGAAAAAAUGGUAGCUAACAUAAUAUAAUAUAAUGUGUGGUGCUCUAGUUAAGUGCAUUAAUACAGACAAAGAGUAAUGAAUGAGUUUAUAAUUAUUAACGUCUUGUAACAAAAUUUGUAAUUUUAGCGCAUUAUGUUUGUGACCAAAAAGUCACUUGGCCAACAUUUUGGCUAUAAGAUGUGGUGUUCAGUCCUCACGUCAUCGCAUAAAAGAUUUAUUCAAGCCUGGAUAGUGUCUUUAUUUUCAACAUAGCUACAUACCAAAUGAAACCUUUUGUUUUGUGAAA